AUGUCAGCUCAAAAUCGGUCGUUUUCCGUGAUGUUCUCCGUCGUUCUGCUUCUUCUAUCUCUUCCGACCGCGAACGCUGAUGGAGGAAGAGAGCAAUUGUCUGCCGAAGAAGUGAAAAAUCAAAAGUGUCCGACUUGCCUAAAAAUGGAGGAUGGGAUGAUUGAAGAGUUUUUUGUGGUCAGGAAAAAAAAUCAGGACCAGGAAAUAAUAACCAGAAGUACGUUUGGUUUUUUUAAAUUUUAUUUUUUUAAAUUUUUUAUUUUUAUGAUAUUUUUUAAUAUUUUAUAAUAUGUUUUUUUACAAUUUUAUUUUUUUUUACAUUUUAUAAUGUUUUUUACAUUUUUUUUAUGUUUUUUUAAUUUUAUAACUUUUAAAAAUUUUUUUUUUACUUUUAUAAUUUUUUUAACCAUUUUACAAACUUUAUAACUUUUUUAUAAUUUUUUUAAAUUUAUAUUAUGAUGCUAUGAACUUUUACCAGACAGGCAAUUUUGGCCUGCCAACUGACAAAUCUAAUUAUCAAAUUUCCAGCUUACAUUAAUGGCAGAAAGACUAUCGAUUAUCUCCUGUACAACAGUCCGUACUACUACGCUCUCCAGUAUAUUCCAGUGUACAACAGGGACAACUUCACAGCAUACCUCGUGGAAGUCACUUAUGAUCAUCACCAAUUCCGGCGGAUUCAAACGUAAUUUUUUUAAUCAAAUUUAAAAAAUUUUACUUUAAAAGCUACAAGUCUUACUACACUUUAUUAGCUAUAGUAUUGUAGAUGUAUAUAACUAUCUGCAAACACAGGCUGCACAAUAACAUCAAUUUUUAGCCCAACGUCUUCUGGCAGAGAAUUCGAAUACGGUGUUCCGGGUUCGAACAUGAUUGAAAGAAACGCGCAAUACUGCUAUUAUGGCAACGAGUACCACUACAUUGAUCACAGUGUCGCUUUCGCGUAUCACACUCUUUACAUCAUCAACGAAACCACAGCCUUCGAGUUGGACAAAGUGUGCGACGAUCGCUUUGGCCCCAAAGACGUCAAAGUAUUGAUGGACGAAAUGCCAAUUGAAAUUAGUGGCGAACACAACAAGGGAUUCCUUCCCAAGUGUUUUGUAAGUGAUGUUAGGGUAGUGUAAAGUUUUUUUAAAUUAGUUUAAAGGUGCUGUAAAUUAGUUUAGAACCCUGUGCCAAGAUUUGGAGUAUUGUAGGUGUAUUUGGAGUAAUUAUUAGGUGCCGACAUAAAAAACCCGCCAUACUUUGCCUGUAAUUUCCUGUAAAAAAUGGCGGGUUCUUUAUGUCGGCACCUAAUAAGACGACUUUCAGGUAAUGUAAAUGAGUUUAGAGUACUAUUAAUCUCUUUAGAGUAUUGUAGAUGACUUCAGGGCACUGUAGGUAAAUUUACAGAACUGUAAACCAGUUUACAGCACUAGCUUAGCAAUCAGCUGCCUCGUCGAUGGUUGUCAUAAUAUUUUGGACCUUUUUAAACCGAUAUGUCAUUUUAGGAAAGCAAAAAGAAAACUUGUGUCUUCGACGUGGAUAACCCCUCCUACUUGAACAUUUUCGAAGGCAGUAGAGAUCGUACUGCCUACAUGCGCAGCGGCCUAGUAGUGUACAUGCAUUGCAUCACUUACAGAUGCUCAUACUUCAUUCACGACACUAAAACUGGGUAUGUCAAUUGUUAAACGUUUUUCAACAUUAUACUAUGAUUUUUUUAAUUUAUAAUUAAAUUUAAUAAAAAACUUAAUAUUUUAAUAUAAAAAUGAUAAAAUUGCUUAAAAAUUGCCAUUCCGGUUAGUCUAACCACUUAUUUAAAAACUUCACAUUUUCAGACUCGACUGGUGGAUCCCGGAUGACAUACAAGUACAUACGUCUCCACUCGAUGGCCACAUCCGUUCGAUUGUGCCACUUUUAAAACCAACUGAUAAAUUCUACACGAGUGAACUUCGCUACAAGUAUGCUCCGACCACCACAACCACUACAACUACGUCAACAACCACUACUACAACCACUCACAAGCCUAUCACUCGACCACCUGUUGAACCAGGAGGUGGAGAUGACAAACCUGUCCCAGAAGAACAUGAUGCUGCAGAAGUGGAAGAAGAGGACGGUGGAGAGCAUUCGGAAGGCAGUGCGGAAGAAAAUUCUUCAGGCCGAUAUGUUGUGCUCACGUGGGUUGUCGGAUGGAUGUUGUGCAUGCUGUUGUGUUGA